UGCUCUCCCUAACCCUGUUCCCUGCGAGUCCUCUCUCCCUCCUCCCCCUUCUUCCCUGUGCGCGCGCACCCUGGCUGUUCCGCUUCCCCUCCCACCGGGGCCGCUGAGGCGGAGGCUUCUUUUCUUCGCGCCCCCCUCAGAGGCCGCUUCUUUCUAUGGCGGGCCUCCGGGUGUGAGUGGGAGCCUCGGGAGGAGGAGGCGGAGAAGGCAUGGCUGGGCGGAGGGGCGCGGGCGGGGCGGAGUCGCUGCUCCCCUCCUCGGCGUCCUGCUUCGGCGGCGUCUCUUCUUCCUCCUCCUCCUCCUCCUCCUUCCUCUCGGAGCCUGCCCGCGAGCUCUUCGAGGCCUGCCGCAACGGCGACGUGGAGCGCGUGAAGCGGCUCGUGAGGCCCGAGAACGUCAACGGCAGGGACACGGCCGGCAGGAAGUCCAGCCCCCUCCACUUCGCUGCAGGUUUUGGUCGAAGGGAUGUAGUGGAAUAUUUGCUUCAGAGUGGUGCUAAUGUUCAUGCGCGAGAUGACGGCGGACUCAUUCCACUCCAUAAUGCCUGCUCCUUUGGUCAUGCGGAAGUUGUUAAUCUUCUCCUGCGCCAUGGUGCAGAUCCUAAUUCCCGGGACAAUUGGAACUAUACUCCUCUUCAUGAAUCUGCCAUUAAGGGAAAAAUUGAUGUCUGCAUAGUGCUGCUGCAACAUGGUGCUGAUCCAGCCAUUCGUAAUACAGAUGGGAGAACAGCACUAGACCUAGCAGACCCAUCAGCAAAAGCAGUACUUACAGGUGAAUACAAGAAAGAUGAACUCUUGGAAAGCGCCAGGAGUGGAAAUGAAGAAAAAUUAAUGGCUUUGCUCACACCGCUAAAUGUCAAUUGUCAUGCAAGUGACGGCAGAAAGUCAACUCCACUACACUUAGCGGCAGGUUAUAAUCGUGUUAAGAUUGUUCAGCUUCUGUUGCAGCAUGGAGCAGAUGUACAUGCAAAGGAUAAAGGCGAUCUGGUGCCUCUUCACAAUGCUUGCUCCUAUGGUCAUUAUGAAGUAACAGAACUUUUAGUAAAGCAUGGGGCCUGUGUAAAUGCAAUGGAUCUGUGGCAAUUCACUCCUCUGCAUGAAGCAGCUUCUAAGAAUAGAGUGGAAGUAUGUUCUCUCUUGCUGAGCUAUGGUGCUGAUCCCACAUUAUUGAACUGCCAUAACAAAAGUACAAUUGAUUUGGCCCCAACACCUCAGCUAAAAGAACGACUGGCGUAUGAAUUCAAGGGACAUUCAUUGUUACAAGCUGCAAGAGAAUCGGAUGUAGCUCGAGUAAAAAAACAUAUUUCUCUUGAGAUUAUAAACUUCAAACAUCCUCAGACUCAUGAAACUGCCUUGCACUGUGCUGCUGCCUCACCGUAUCCCAAAAGAAAACAAGUUUGUGAGCUACUUCUACGAAAAGGAGCCAAUAUCAAUGAGAAGACAAAGGACUUCCUGACACCUCUCCAUGUUGCCUCAGAAAAAGCUCAUAAUGAUGUUAUAGAAGUACUUGUGAAACAUGAAGCAAAGGUCAACGCUUUGGAUAAUCUUGGCCAGACAUCUCUCCAUAGAGCAGCACACUGUGGCCAUCUACAGACAUGCCGGCUGUUGUUGAGCUCUGGCUGUGAUCCCUCAAUUAUGUCACUGCAGGGUUUCACAGCUUCACAGAUGGGAAAUGAAAGCAUUCAGCAGUUAUUACAAGAAGGUGUUCCUUUAGGCAAUUCGGAAGCAGACCGACAGUUAUUGGAAGCUGCCAAAGCUGGAGAUAUGGACACGGUAAAAAAGUUAUGCACAGUACAGAGUGUGAAUUGCCGAGAUAUUGAAGGGCGUCAAUCCACACCACUUCACUUUGCAGCCGGAUACAAUAGAGUAUCUGUAGUUGAGUAUCUUCUGCAGCAUGGGGCUGAUGUUCACGCAAAAGACAAGGGAGGCCUUGUUCCUUUGCAUAAUGCAUGUUCUUAUGGACAUUAUGAAGUGGCUGAAUUACUUGUUAAACAUGGUGCAGUUGUAAAUGUAGCUGAUUUAUGGAAAUUCACUCCUUUACAUGAAGCUGCUGCAAAGGGAAAAUAUGAGAUUUGUAAACUCCUCCUACAACAUGGGGCUGACUCCACAAAGAAAAACAGAGAUGGGAACACCCCACUAGACCUUGUUAAAGAUGGUGACACAGAUAUUCAGGAUCUCCUUAGAGGAGAUGCAGCUUUGCUAGAUGCAGCAAAGAAGGGCUGCUUGGCUCGGGUGAAGAAACUUUGUUCUCCUGAUAAUGUAAAUUGCCGUGAUACACAAGGUCGGCACUCCACACCAUUACAUUUAGCAGCUGGAUACAAUAAUUUAGAGGUUGCGGAAUACCUGUUACAGCACGGAGCUGAUGUAAACGCACAGGACAAAGGGGGUCUUAUUCCUCUGCACAAUGCAGCAUCCUAUGGACAUGUAGAUGUAGCAGCUUUGCUUAUAAAGUAUAAUGCGUGUGUGAAUGCUACGGACAAAUGGGCUUUCACACCUUUGCAUGAAGCAGCCCAGAAAGGAAGGACACAGCUUUGUGCCUUAGUAUUGGCACAUGGAGCUGAUCCUACUCUGAAAAACCAGGAAGGACAAACGCCAUUAGACCUAGUCACCGCGGAUGAUGUUAGUGCAUUAUUGACAGCUGCCAUGCCACUUUCUGCCUUGCCAUCUUGUUACAAGCCUCAGGUUAUUAAUGUGUCUCAAAAUACAGGGUCUUCAGCUGAUUCACUGUCAUCCAUUCCAUCCAGCCCCUGUAAUCUAUCAGCUGCCAGUAGCCUUGAUAAUUUAUCUGGUAGCUUUUCUGAACUCUCGGUUGUUAGUGCAAAUGGUGCUGAGGGGGCCACUGGUUUGGAGAAAAAAGAAGUUCCAGGUGUAGAUUUUAGCAUAAAUCAAUUUGUGAGAAAUCUUGGACUUGAACAUCUAAUUGAUAUAUUUGAGAGAGAGCAGAUAACAUUAGACAUACUCAUUGAGAUGGGGCACAAAGAAUUAAAGGAAAUUGGAAUCAAUGCUUAUGGCCAUAGACACAAAAUAAUUAAAGGGAUUGAGAGAUUAAUUUCAGGACAGCAAGGUCUUAACACCUACUUAACUUUGAAUACGUCAGGAAGUGGAACAAUACUUAUAGAUCUCUCUCCAGAUGAUAAAGAGUUUCAAUCUGUAGAAGAAGAGAUGCAGAGUACUGUUCGAGAACACAGAGAUGGUGGACAUGCUGGUGGCAUUUUCAACAGAUACAAUAUUUUAAAGAUUCAAAAAGUGUGUAAUAAAAAACUCUGGGAAAGAUACACUCAUAGGAGGAAAGAAGUAUCUGAAGAGAAUCAUAACCAUGCGAAUGAAAGGAUGUUGUUCCAUGGUUCUCCUUUUGUGAAUGCAAUUAUUCAUAAAGGUUUUGAUGAAAGACAUGCUUACAUAGGUGGGAUGUUUGGAGCUGGUAUUUAUUUUGCUGAAAAUUCUUCCAAAAGCAACCAAUAUGUGUAUGGCAUUGGAGGUGGCACUGGUUGCCCAAUUCACAAAGACAGGUCUUGUUAUGUCUGCCAUAGGCAGUUGCUAUUUUGCCGUGUGACGUUGGGAAAGUCUUUUCUGCAGUUCAGUGCAAUGAAAAUGGCUCAUUCCCCUCCAGGACACCAUUCGGUUACUGGACGGCCAAGCGUGAAUGGGUUAGCUUUAGCAGAAUAUGUCAUUUACAGAGGAGAGCAGGCCUACCCGGAAUAUUUGAUCACCUACCAAAUUGUGAAGCCUGAACCUGCCACAGAAUCGUGAACCCAGGUGUUCUGCAGAGAUCAACAUGAAGAGUACUCAAAUUGCUGAAAAAUUGUAUCUUGUCCCCCACAGGCAUUUGUGGUAGAAAAAAUGUGAAUAAAAUCUAACGUUUUAACUUGAUAAAGCUUUAAUAAAUGUAUAGUAAGUUUUCUAAAGACAAAAAAAUCUGAAACUUCUUUUUUUUCAGCACUUUAACAGAUCUCAUUCCAGGUGAUACUGGGUUUGUCUGUACUAAAUUAUAAAACCCAUAAUAACUUGAACUAUGUUUUCUAUACGUUAUACCAGUGAGAUUUAACAACUGUUGCUACAAGGAACUCAUUUUACUAAUACUGUGUUCUUUAAAACACUGCAUUUUCACAGAGUACAGUUGCAUUUGUAAAACUGUAAAUAAGAGCUUUUCUACUAGUCUGGUAUUUAUUUACAUUGUUUUUGUAAUAUAAACGUUUCAGAACUCCGAGUUACAUGAACCUUUGUUUCAGACAUUGUAUUUACCCACCUGCAUUUCACCACAUGCAGUAAUUUGGAGGACCCCCCCCCCCAAAUAUGAUUAUUAAUUGUGAAGACUAAGGCCCCAUCUGCAUUGCCAUAUAAAAUCCAGGUUAUCUGCUUUGAACUGGAUUAUAUGGCAAUGUAGACUCAUAUAAUCCAGUUCAAAGCAAAUAAUGUGGAUUAGCUGCUUUGAUUAUCUGAAUUGUAUGACAGUAUAGAAGGGGCCUAAGCAAACACUUAAAUAACGGAUUGGAGCUUAGUAGAGGAUAAAUACAUUCCAGUUUAUUGUCCAGGCAUCGUACACAUUCCUGAGAAAUCAGGCCCAACAUUCCAGUUUCUCAACAAACCUAGCACAUCUUUAAAAUAUUUACUGGAAACAGGGUUAUGUAAGCUGGUGGUAUGUAUACAUGCAGCUAAACUGUAGAGGACACAUUUCAUAUGAAGGCGUGUGUGCAUGUCUUCGUGCAUACACACACAUAUAUUUUUAUCUUUUCUCUGUUUAGCAGUACAAAGCUGAGCAUAGAGAUGAUAUGAGGUUGGGUUUGAACAUGCUUUUGCAUGCAGGGCUUUGUGAGUGAAGUCUGUUAGGAUUGCACUUUUCCACUUUUGUGUUGCUUACACUUUUCGUUUUCUAGCUUUCCGUGAGACCCUUUCCCCACAAAAGUCCCUCAAGACAAAGGGCAGUAAAUGAAGUUUCUUCGAGGCACUGACAACUUCUUCAGACACCUUUCUGAUAAUUUUUUCUCUUUAUUCAAUUCCUUCUAGGAUUACCUAUUUGAGAGACUGUAAAUAGAAAUCAAAUGUAAUUUUAUGAGUCCAGUUUUCAGUUACACCUUUUGACUGGGGUCCUUCGGUAUAUAGAAAAGUUUUAAUUGUUGAUCUAAAUCACACUGGUUUUACAUUUUGCAAAGACUGGUUGGACUCUCUGGUCUGUGUGAUGACUUCAGAUUUGAAUCUUACAUCAUGGGACUGCCCAUUAUGUCGGUGCAUGGAUGGUUAUAAAAAUCAUGUCCAAAAUGUGUUAAAUAUUACUUCAUUCAAUCACUGCUAUGAGCAAUACAGAAAAUAUUGUUGAUUACAAGGGGUUUUAAUUUGUAUGGUACUCUUUCACUGCAUGUUUUCCACUCAUUAGCUUAGCCAAAUGCUGGAACGGAGUGUCCAUACAAAAUCUGCUAAGUAUGAUUUAAGCAUUGAGGGCUUUGCUUUAUUGCGGAAAAUGUUUCAUUCGUUAUGAAUGAUUAUUUAAUGUGAUGUAAAUUAUUGUGGCAUUGGUAGCAUUUUAAAUGGUACCAUGAGGUUGGUUAGAAUGCUUUUAAUUUUGCAUGACAUAUCGUUUUCUGAAGGCAGAAUAACAUAAUGGUUUUGAUUGUGUUGACUUGAGGUGGAUUCUAACCUCCUGUGCAAUUAGUGCUUAAUCACCUUGAACGUGUCUUGUAUUGUGUUACAUUCCAUGCCAUUCAACCCUAAAUAAACUUCAUUCACAAGC